AUGCCUGUUGUCUCGAGACCUCGCACGGCGUAUGCGUUCUGGUCAGCUCAAGCAGCAACACGACCUACUGGACGUCCAGCGACUGCACCGGCUGCGUUCAAAGACACACCAUACACGCGCAUCGCCAAGCCUAGUGCGCCGAGUGGUCCCAUGCACGACGUGAAACUGAGUCUCAUGCAUCCUCGUCACCGCCAGCUAUUGGCUCCCAUUGCCUGCCACUCUGACUACAACGAGGCAGAAGCAGCGAUCGUCGAAAUCAUCCUUCCCACUUUGCAAGAACGGUGUCCGGGCACGACUUUUGCCAUGUCGAUCGUGCAAUAUAAGAGCCACCCAACGAUACUGGUAGGCGUAUCAGAGCCCGAAGGCGUGCGUCAACAUCUGUCUACAACAUACGGUGGUCUGCCAGUGUUGAUUGUGCAAGCUAGGACGGAGACGCGUGAUGCUGCUAUUGAUCUAGAUUUGGUUCGGCGCACCGCCGACAAAGCUGCCGGUGCAAGCCUCGGGAGCCUCGGAUCGGAUCAUGCUGGCACACUGGGCAUGUUUGUCCGUCACAAGAGCUCAAAAGCGAUCUGCGGCUUGACUGCGUAUCAUGUGGUUUCAUCGAAUGACGAGGUCCUCUGCCCGGCUGAAGCUGAUGCCCUACCGCUGAUCAACCACCUAGAGCCUGUCAUCCUACAUCUCCAGACAGUGGUGAGACAGAAGAACAGUCGUGGGCGUGACUCUCGAGAGGAGCAGCAAGUCUUGGAUACUCUGAAGGAAGACCUCUCUAAGCUUCUGAAUCGGAGCACUUUCGGUCGUGUCAUCGCCAAGGACUUCCAAGUGCCGAGCGAGGACAAUCCCGUCUACUCUGACUGCGCUUUGUUCACGAUCGACAGACCUGACUCAAUCGAAUUGCGUCGUUUCCAGAAGACAAGGGCAGACAACAUCACCAAGUUCGUAAGUCCUGCAGACGUCCACCGGAACGACGUAUUGACGAUGAUCGGCCGAACGUCUGGCAAGACCAAGGCGAACAAGAACGAGUACAGGUUUGUCUCGUCGAUGACACUGCACACUGGUGUCAAGUCGAAGCCCUUCUUCUCCUGGUCAGCUUGGAAUGAACACUCGGACUUCACCGCCAAAGGUGAUAGUGGUGCAGUUGUCGUCCGCCAGGGGAAGGAGCUGUAUGACAAUGCGGCGAUUGGGAUCGUGGUGGGAGGCACCCGAAUGGCCAUUCCCUCGGACUUCGGCACCAGGGAGUGCGACAUCACGUUCUUCCAGCCCAUCACCGAAGCAGCAGAGCUUCUUGGCUUCGAGGUCAUCGACGACGACUGA